GUUUCACCUGAAUUUCCCUCUGCACGGGAGCCUUGGCUAUGAUUGGCUAAGGUGGGCAGCAGAGUUUCAGGGGUUUGGACUGGUGGUUUGCAGGGGCAAGGAACCUAGGGAUAGGCAGAAGGAUUUGGAGGUCUACAUGGGCUGAGGAGGACAGGGGCUAGGAUGUUUGCAGGUAUCAUACUUUGUCUGCCCAUCCACUUCUGCAGGCAGUCCUAGCAUUGGACAAUGCAACCUUAAUACGGAGGCAGAGAAGAGGCUUUUUGAAAAAGGGGAUGAGCAGACCAGAAAUCUAUGCAGUGAUUUUAUUCACCCCCAGAAAUGCUGCAGGAUUGGAAGAGCCUGGAAGAGUUGUGACUCUUAUUGAAGAUCCUGAGGGUUGUGUAUGGGGUGUUGCUUACAGAUUGCCCGCAGGACAAGAAGUUGAAGUAAAGGCAUACCUCGACUUCAGAGAGAAAGGAGGCUACAGGACUACAACUGUCAUUUUCUAUCCAAAAGAUCCCUCAAUAAAACCAUUUAAUGUAUUAUUAUAUAUUGGAACUUGUGAUAAUCCUAACUAUCUUGGUCCAGCACCCCUAGAAGACAUUGCUGAACAGAUUUUUAAUGCAGUUGGUCCUAGUGGAAGAAACACAGAAUACUUGUUUGAACUUGCCAAUUCCAUCAGGAAUCUUGUACCAGAAGAUGUGGAUGAGCAUCUCUUCUCUCUAGAGAAACUAGUAAAGGAACUCUUGGAAAGAAACCAAAACCUCAAUUGCAUAUAAAAAUAAUUUAAUAGUUU